CACGUGUCAGGGGGUGGAGCGGAGAGGCGCUGUGCUUAACUAGCGCCCCCAUCCACCAUGUUUUCUGACCAAUUCUAGUUUGGUUUCUCUUCGAGACCAGAUGGAAAUGGCCGGAGAGCUCCAAGGAACCUAGGGGCCCUGGCCUCGGCUGAGCCUGGGCUAACGCGCAAGCGCGGUGGGAAUAGCCUAGCAGGUCUUCGUGGAGAGAGGCGAUGGCGUCUAGCAGUAACUGGCUGUCCGGAGUGAAUGUUGUGCUUGUGAUGGCAUACGGGAGCCUGGUAUUUGUGCUGCUGUUUAUUUUUGUGAAGAGACAAAUCAUGCGUUUUGCAAUGAAAUCUAGAAGAGGACCUCAUGUCCCUGUGGGACACAAUGCUCCCAAGGACUUAAAAGAGGAGAUCGAUAUUCGACUCUCCAGGGUUCAGGAUAUCAAGUAUGAACCCCAGCUUCUUGCAGAUGAUGAUACUAGACUACUGCAGCUGGAAACCCAGGGGACUCAAACAGGUUGCUACAACUAUCUGUACAGGAUGAAAGCUCUAGAUGCCAUCCGUGCCUCUGAGAUCCCAUUUCAUGCUGAAGGCCGGCAUCCCUGUUCUCUAAUGGGUAAGAAUUUCCGCUCCUACUUGCUAGAUCUGCGAAGCACUAGCACUCCAUUCAAGGGUGUACGUAAGGCCCUUAUUGAUACCCUCCUGGAUGGAUAUGAGACAGCCCGCUAUGGGACAGGGGUUUUUGGCCAGAGUGAAUAUUUGCGGUAUCAGGAGGCCUUAAGUGAGCUGGCCACUGUGGUCAAAGCACGAAUUGGGAGCUCUCAGAGACAACACCAAUCAGCAGCCAAAGACCUAACUCAGUCAUCUGAAAUGUCGCCAACAACCAUCCAGGUCACAUACCUCCCCUCCAGUCAGAAGAGUAAACGUCCUAAGCACUUCCUGGAACUGAAGAGUUUUAAGGACAACUAUAACACCCUGGAGAGUACUCUGUGAUGGAGCUGCAGAUGCCACCUGUGCGGCUUCAGGAUCUGGUCAGCAGGCCCAGACUUCCCAGAGUUCUUACAGAGCUGGGUCUGAAGGACAUUCCCCAGCCCUUUCUUAAGAGGCAUUUUAAGUAUUGGCCAAGACCUCAUUAUCUCCCAGUAGCACUUUUUCUGGAUUUGAAUUCAAAUGUCAUUAAUGUUUCUGUCAAAGCUUCCUUGAAUAUCUUCUCUUGUUUUGGGCUGUAAUUCACUUAACCUUGUUCAAUGCUGUUUAGUCCCAAAGGUGUUAACUGAGGUGAGAUGUCUGCUAUGUCUACACUGUUGCACUCAGUUGAAUAGAAAUAUUUGGGUUUAGAGCAUCUCAGAUUGAUUGGUGGAAAAGUCUGGCAGAGCCUCAUGAGGAAAAGGGAGUGAGGAAGUGGGUGGAAUGUCCUCUGGGAAUUUGGUGCUCCCUUUAAACCAGGUGUAUGAACAUGACUUUCCUGAAGUGGAAAGAUUUGUCCCACUUUCACCCAAUACUGUUAUGACAAGUAAAAAGAAUGUUCUGGCACUUGGCAUCAUCUAUGCCAAGAUGAUGAGACAACGUGAAGUGAUUUCUUCUAAUGUCAGUGUAUUAGUCUCAGUUUACAAAUUAUUAUUUAAUAAAAUUAACUACUGAAAA